AGAGCACAGCCACCGUAGCAACAACACAGUGAGUGGGCAGGAUGGCAGACACACCCCGGAGGACGGCUCACAGCGGCGACACCAGAUAAGUUUGCUAACGUUGAUGAAAUGAAACAGAAGCGUUUUGAAGAUGUCUACAUCGGGCGCUAAGCGUUUGUCUGAUCCUCUGAAGUGGGAGGACAAUUUAAGAAAGCGUGUCUGUGUGUAUGACUGCCGCUUCGAGCAGGAGGACGCUGAGUACAAAUGGCUGGAUAUAAGUGGCUUCGACUUCAACGACUUCGUUGAUGCUCUGCAGCAGGAAUUUGGAGUCGAUCAACAGGAACCUUUUGUGUUGGUCACGACGGACAGAACAGUCCUCGAUUUUGACAAAUUUAAGGACCUUCCGGAUAACAGCACUCUGCACUUGUUGCAAAAUGAGGACCAAGCUCCGUCGGUGGCAACGAAGGAGUGCAUUAAGUUUACACCUCAUUACGAUACUGUUGUCAAGAGCGGCAUGUAUGAGUACUACGCCAGUCAGGGCCAGAACCCACUGCCCUAUACAUUUGCUGAGCUGAUUGACAACGCUCUUUCGGCUACAGCCAAAAACACUGGAAUGAGGACAAUAGAGUUGAGGAUGCUAUUCGAUGAAACUAUUGGGAAACCUGCAGUGAUUGUUUUAGAUAAUGGCUGCGGGAUGACCUCAGAGCAGCUCAAGAACUGGGCAGUGUUCAGACUGUCUAAAUUUAACAGAAAAAAUGUCAAAUUCGCAAGUGAACAAGAGGAGUAUGUUCGACCUGAUCCGGUCCCUCGUAGUCUCAACAGUGAUAUAUCCUACUUUGGAGUUGGCGGAAAACAGGCUGUUUUCUAUGUUGGACACUCAGUCAGGAUGAUCAGUAAACCAGCUGGCUCCCCAAACGUCCACGAGCUGAUUCUGUCAGAAGAGGAGUUUAAGAGAAAAGAGAGGAACAAAGAGGAGGUUUACAACGGGAUAAUCACAAACAGAAUGCCCGGUAACUCCUCUCAUGUGAAAAAUGAUGAUGAGCGCUUCCUCCAUGCCCUCAUCGCUGAGGAAUCAGGGAAGGCGAGCUUUACAGCCGUGGUCAUCACAGACAUAUGGCCAGAUCAUGUUGCCUUUCUGAAAAAUGAUUUUGAAGUGUGGACCAGACAGCUUGCUCACAUUUAUCAUUAUUACAUUCAUGGAGUCAAUGGAAAUGACCUGAGUAGCAGCUCUACAAACUCAGAUGAUCGCACUAAAAUUGAAAUUCAGAUCACUUUGCGAGAGAAGUCGCCCAGAUGUCCCCGUGUGAUCAAUAUUAGGGAAGUGGAAGACGAUAUGCAGUCUCUGUAUAUAAACACAGCUGCAGACACAUUUGAGUUUAUGGCUGAACAAGAUGGCGGAAGAGUAGAGGGAAUCAUUCGGUAUCAUCCUUUCCUCUAUUACAAGGAGACUUAUCCUGAGGACCCCAGUGCUGUUCAAGGUGAUGAUGAUGAAGAUGAUAACGAGUGUCGGGCAAGAGAGAGAAGGCCAAUAUUUGAGUGUUUCUGGAAUGGACGGCUCAUACCGAACACCAAAGUGUCAGAGUUUCACUGGUGCACUUGGAAUAAAGACUCAAAGUUGCCUGAGGAGUGUUACAGUCGGCUUUCAGGAGUGCUUUUCACUGAUGACAGAUUCCAGGUCAGCAACAACAAGCUCACCUUCAUGGACCUGGAGCAGAGACUGAAGCAGAAGGAUACUAUGUUCACACGCAUUGUCAAUGGACAGGAAGAGAACAGAUCUGCAGUUAUCUCCGACCCUGAUAAAGUGAGCACCAGUGUAACUGGGAGAAAAGAUCAGCCAAAGAGAGCAGGUCUGCCACUAUCUCCUUCCCCAAACAAGAAACAAAGAGGUGUGGAGAAGGAGUUUAAGCAGUGGCUACAAAGCUGCCACGAGAAGUGGGACAAGCAGAUCCAGUUCUUGGGCUUCAAGGGGACCAUAACACGGACAGAUGUUGCUAAAAAGAAAAUGCAGCAUCCAUGGGGGACUUUCUCCUCCAUCGAAUGGGACGGGAAAACAUACAAAGCAGGCCAAUUUGUGAAGUCUGUGAAAACCCAGCCUAUUGUGUAUGGUAAGGUGGUUCAGUUUUUGCUGUAUGGAAGUCACAGUGGAGAUGUCUUUGCAACAGGAGGAGAGGUGGAAGUGGCUCUGGAACCCCAAGCAUUAUAUGAAAAGACCAAGACCAUCCUCAUUUCCAAGAUUGACCAGAUUGCCACUGUUGAAGCCAUCAAAAAACACAUCGACAGCGACGCCGUUAGACUUCCAGAUAAACUGAAAGUGGACUGGCCUGAAGGUAACCCCUGGCCACAGAAUGCUGCCCGUCCAGCUGGGACUCCGUUUGGCCCAAUCAAAAUUGAAAUUCUAAACAAGAAAGAAGGGUCAAUAACUGUGAUGCCAUCAGGGGGCCAUGGACCAGGGAGAAAGCUGAGUAUUGAGCAAAAACUCGUCCGGCACGGUGUUAAACGAGAUCAAGAGAUCUCGUCUUUCGUUGCCCAACGUUGUGGUCAGUGGGGAUUUUGGUUCAAAAAAAUCGAAUGUCUAAUGGAUCUGGGGAAGUAUACCAUGACUCUGAACACAAUGAUAAGUGAAAGUAAUGUUACCGUCUUCGGAGGUAGACCACUCCCAAGCUACAAACUCAAAUUCACCAUCAAAGAGGGGGAUGCUGAGAGAUUCGUCAUUGGCCCGGUCAGCUCCCCUCUGGUUGUAGGAGUGCCGUUCAACAUUCCUCUGCUCAUAAAAGACGGUUAUGAUCACCCAACGGUGCCUCCUCCUGAUCUCAAACCUGUACUCCAAUGCAGUGGCCUGGACCUGAGUCACGAGAAAGUGGACAUCAGUGGGACCACGUUAACCAUCAAAGGUGCCAAAGCAAGAGGAAAACAAGCAAAGCUAUACAAGCUGAAAGUGACCCUGCCAGGCUUAAAGAAAGAGAGUACACAGAGUAUUGACAUCGUUCUUGUCCCCGGCAAGCCUCAUUCCCUCCAUGUGCCGAGAAAAGACAAUCCAAUCACAGCAAUGAAUGGAGACCCCGUCAGGUUUGAUGUGGAAGUUCACGAUGAGGCGGGAAACAUUACUGCUAACCCCAAACAGAUAGUUCGCUGCGAGGUUCAGGGACAUCCACCAGUGACGACAAUGUGCAGCAGUACAGGAGCUGGACACCUUGCGAUAAACCCCAUAAACGUAAAAUUAAAGAAGGGGGAACCACAAAAGCUAAAUGUUCAGUUUGACAUGCCUAAUCAUAAGAACGUUGCGUCAGUCAUCAGGGAGCUGGAGGUGCUGCCCAGCACAAGAGUCGCCUCGAUGGAGCUCUGCAGUCGGGAUGAUGGGAAUCUGGUGCUGAGGAACAAGGAAAAGAUAGAAUGGCCAGCUGGAGGCAUGCUGGAGAACCUGUUCUACAAGCUGUAUGAUGAGGCCGGUAGAGGGGUUCCCAUCACUGCUGAAAUAGCCUCCAGAAUCAAGGUGAACUGGACGGCAGAAGUAUACACGGAAGAUUUGAUCCAAGGGAAGCUGCCUGACAUACAGGUGCCCACGCAGGUGCAGGAAGAGCGCUUCUACCAGGUGUCCUACCAAGACCAAAGUGUGUCUAUCUCCUUUACCAUAGUGCCUCAUCCAGACGAACCAGCUCAGCUUAAAGCAACUCUGGCACAAAACUCAGUGAAGCUCGGUGAAACACUAGAUGGAAACAUCAUCUUGGACCUUGUGGAUCAGUAUGACAACGUAACCAAGACGCUUACCUCCACCUGUGUGAAACACAUGAGUGUGGAAGCCGAGGAUUUGGACAAAUCAGCCAUCACCUUUAUGUGGCAGGAGAGCAGCGGUUCUGUUGUGGUAACAGGGGUUCGGUUUCAGUCGGGGACUCCCGGCUCCAAAGAGUUGUGUUUCACCUACAAGAGCUACAUGGCACGAGUCAUAGUUAAAGUGUCCCCUGGAGUCCCUGCACAGCUUAAACUACUGGAUGAGCCAGAGAAGCCUUUGCAGGUGCUGAAUGAUCACGGCAUCUCUACGCCGUUCCUCGUCCAACUGUGUGACGAGUGGGGAAAUCCGUCUCCAGACCAGAGGGUUGUCGUACAGUUGAGGUGUUCAUCUCCAACACUUAAGGUGAAGACCUCCGUUAUCUCAAAACCGGUGAACACAGAGGGGAAAGCCUCUUUCACUGUCACUGGUGUGAACGGACCAAAGGGGUGCUAUCAGCUCAUUUUCCAAGGGCUCUUCAACAACAAAUGCAUCUCCAGUCCAUCAGUGAAUCUCACUGUCAUCCCUGAUCCCAACAAAGCCGUCAGCCUGUCAGUGGAGUACGACACCGAUGCCAAGUUUCCUGCUGGAGGAAAAUUCCCAGUGUUUUCGGUGACCGUGGUGUCUGAAGAAGGACGCCCGAUGACUUGUAACCCUGCUGCUGCAACCAUGUUGCUGUGGAAAGGAGGGCCAGCAGGGGGAGACAAGGCCACCGUGUUGAGGUGUAGUAGACCCUUGGAGAAUGAAAAGAAUGACUGUUUUCACUUCAGAGAUAAAGAGAUCCCACAGGAAGUUGGAAAGUAUACCAUCAAGUUCUCGCUACAAGUAGACAAAAUAAAAGUCCUGUCUAGUGAUCAGAUUACUGUAAAUGUAGAGGCCAAUCAACCUGUCAAACUGGGACCCGACUCUCAGCCACCAACCCCAGUUGUUUCCUACAGUGAGUCCAUUGCCGGCCAAACACUGGUGGAGAACAUGACUCUGAGGAUCAUGGAUUCAUAUGGAAACCCAACAGGGCAGAACCUGGACGGGAAGGUGAAUGUUUCUAUAAAGAACUUGAGUGGAGAAAACAAACCCCUCCCUCUGUUCGAAGGCAAAACCAACAGCUGUCAGUUUAGCUUGAAAGGAGGAAAGCUCCUCAUCACCAGGCUGGCUGUCAUGGAGAAGAGCCCCGGUGAGGACGGAAGUUCAUACACCCUCGUCUUCAAACCUGAAGGGUUCACGCUCUCCACACCACUGGCGCCUUUUGAGCUCCUCUUCCAUUUUUAUAAUGAUGUGGAGAACCAACGGAAGAUGUCGGAGCUAACCAAGAAGAAAGAUGAGCUCACUGCUGCUGUCACCGCAUAUCAAAAUAUGUUUUCUGCACAUAACCAACUUCGUCAAAUGCUGAUGUCCAAACACCAGGAUGCUUGUGAGAAAGAGAGGAUCCACAGAACUGAGCUGAGCAAGAAGAAAGUGAACGUUGCAACAACUGUUUCUAUCCCAGAUGUUGACAGACUUCUACAAGGGAAGAGUGCUGAAAUGGACAGGAUCCUGAAAAUGCCCAGAAGAGUCUUCUCCAUGAAUGAUCCCCACAGAGGGCAGCAGGAUGUUUUGGGAAUGGUUGGCCACCUGGCCUUUGUGCAGGACGACACCGCUGCAAGAGUGAUCUCCUGGCAUAUCCAAGGCGACAUGGAUUGUGUCAUUACCAGAACGACAGAAGCAGCAAAGGGGAUCUAUGACCGCACCAAUGGCAGUCAGCAGGUCAUGCCCCUCGACACCAUGUUUAAGGUGUCUGCCGACAGACCGCUGCCACACAUAAGAAACUGCAGAAAGCUCUUCGAGCCCCCAGGGAACCCGGUCCACGCCAGGCAGCUCCUGAUGUUCACCCAAGAUCCUGAGAGCUGUAACACUGUGUUUAAAAACCUCCUGGGAGAAACGAUCCUGAUUGAUGACCUGGACUCUGGAAACAGCUACAGAAAGGCGGUGGUGCAGAACAACAUACCGUGUCCCACCAUCCUGACCCGGCAGGGGGACAGGAUCAGUUCCAGGGGGAAGUUUGGAGGGGCGAACAACAAAGCCCCACCAACAGUGAGAUUCAUGUUUGGAGCCCCGUACCCACAGCAGUACCUCACUCUUCGGGAGCAAAUAGGGGUUCUCUGCGAGUACCGCUCAAUUCUGGAGAAGAAGAACAAGGCAGAAAAGGAGUACAACGAUCACUCAGAAGAGCUGAAUUCUCCAGAAAUGUCGAAAAAACAACAAGAUAUGAAGGAGAAGGUGAAACAGCUGGAGGAGAUUAAGAGGCAGUGUGAGUCGACCCCAGUGAGACAACUGAAACGAGCUUCUGACAGCGUUGGAGAGCCGUCGGGCAUCACUGCAAAGAGAACAAGGCAGACACCCAAAUAAGAGACCAACGAGUCCAACUUUUCUUGUCGUUUUGCUUUAUUUCUGGGCUAAUUAUGUGUUUUUAUUGUUUUUAUUCGUACAGAUUUGUUUUCUUUUUAUAUUUAUAAACAUUUUUAUAAGAAUCAAAUCAGCCAAUGACAAAAUUGUGUAUCAUAUUCCUCAAAACAUGUCUUGAAAAAUACAAAUAUAUAUAUAUAUAUAUAUGAAAACUAA